AUAUAUAUAUAUAUAUAUGUUUUACUUUCCGGCUGCCUGUCUAUUAUCUAGUGUCCAAUGUGUGAAUAUUUAGUGUGAUAUUUUCCUUUUGUAUUCAGUCAUCCUCUUAAGUUAUUUCCAUCCAGUGAAGCUCAGCCCCUCCCUGCUUAACCCCCCCAUCCCUUCCCCGUCCUCUCACCGUGUUGUUACAAGCACCAUUGAAACCUGAACUCACUUUUACUGUGGAAGAAGGGGAAAUGUUUGCGUGUUUGUGAAUGAGGUCGUGCUAAAAAAAAGUGCGCGUGUGUUUGUGAACCAAUCGAGCGGCCUUCGUGUCUCUGUCCGUCCCUUGUUUCUGUGUAACCGACCGAAAUAUAUCGUUGUUGUGAUUAUUUGUUGAAUGUGUCACAUCUGAUGUACACACACACACACACACAUAUGGUGACGUUUUGACGGUUGUGGUCGCGUUUGUGUGAGCGCGUGGGUGAAUGAGAGCUGUGCGGUAUUGUGUCCUUGUAAACUUUCUGUCAGUGAGCUUUUUGUAACUGUUUCGGAUUUGAGUGAAACAUAAUUAUGAAUAAAGUUUCUCACGGUAAAGCGGAGUGGACAGCAUGACGCAGCUGUUCACAGAGGAAAACUGGAUUUUUUUUGUAGAGCUUAACACAUUAUUCAGCUACAGGAGCUUAAAAAUGCAUGAAAAAAUACUCCAUAUUUAAAGAAGCUUAUAUGGGAGUGAAGCUUAUAUGAAGAAAAAAAGUAUGUUCUCCAAAAAUUAUUCGUGUAUCUCGCAGGCCUGUCUGGAACCUGAGCCUAGAAAUAUCUAAAGCUCAAAGGAUAAAGGCGACAUUUAAGCACAAACCUGAUCAGUUAAACAAAAAAGCAAGAAAAAAAUAAAGGCCAAAUUAAGUGCAGUUUUCUACCUAAAAACAAAUGACCAUCGGUGGUCAAAUGCGUCACGUUUCUGUCCUUUCCGCGUCGAACGGAAGCAGCUUCCAGAAAAUCCAGUUAUUGUCUCCUGAUUAUCUCUGCUUGUAAACAACCGAAUGAACUUUUAAACUCACCGGCUGCUGACACUGUUUCCCUGUAAACUCCCCGCGUUACGCGCGGGCCACACGGGUCCUUCUCCGAGCCUCAUCCGGCCAUAACCUCCCGGCCCUUCUUGCGUGCUGUGUGUGGGCUGCUGUUUUAAAGCCAUGUAUAGAUUUUUAAACUAAACUCUCUUCCUGCUUUGGGCCAAACUGAAAAAUGGAGGCAGCUUUGACAUUUACGUGUCAAACAGAUGAGGGGUUUUAUCUCCAAGUUGGAUCGUAAAAAUCUGUUUUGAUUCCUCUCACUGGCUCUCCUCUGGUCACGUGGGGUCCAUAAAGUUAGUUUUAUGGUUUAGGGGAGUUGACAAUGUAUUUCACAUUCUAGAAAGCAAGUGACGGUUUAACGGCUUCGUGUGGAUUCUAAAAGGGUCAGUAAAACAGAGACGGAGCGGGAGAAGCGGUGUGUGCGUUUAUGUGUGCGUGAGACGGAGAGAGAGAGAGAGAGAAAGGGAAAUAGAGAGAGAACAGGCCACUAUUAGCGGCAGCUGUUCCUGCUCAGGUUGGCACUUGGAGCCCGGAGAUCUCCGCUGUGUUCCGCUGAGGAGUCUGGAGGCAGGCGAAGGACAGGCAGCAGGCACAACAUUACGGAAAAGGAACGGGCCGGUGCAAUAGCUCAAGCCUUGACAACCAAAUAGAUAAUCAACAAGACGAAUGGCUUCUUUUGGGAGCAGCUCCACACAAGACCCCUUAUGCCAGGAGAGAGGGAGGGCAAAGUGCACAUAGACCCAGGAAAAAGAAAAAGAAGACGUCUCAGAAGACACUUGGAAGACCCCCCCCCCCUACCACCAACACCACUACCCCCGCCUUUCAAACUUCCUCCUCUUAAAAUACAGACUAACACACAUAGAUAUCCACACACACACAAACCUCCCCUCAGUGGACAUCAAGCAGCUAUUUUUAAAUCCCACAAAUCAGCCCAUAAAAAGAAGAAAAGUUUUUGUGUUUGUUAAUGAUGAGAACAAGAGCUCAGGAGAGAAACUCCAGGCCAGCAGUCAGAAGCCGUCACAGUGCAAGACAAGGAGGAGAAGAAAAGAUGGCCUCCAGGCUCCUGGAAGCUGCGACAAAGGUCAGGUUGCAGGGGACCGUUGGAGAGACACCGUCACGUGACCCCCGGUACCAAAUGGUCUUCCGGCAGUGGUUUUCAGUAAGGACCGGAGCAAAAGACGCUGCCAUCUCUCUCAGAAAUGCAGAAGACGACAUACUACGACAACUCCCCGACGCUCUUCGGUGGCUACUCCACCUACCAGGUGCAGGGAGCAGCUGCAGCUGCUGCCAAUGGCUUUGGGGGCUAUGAUGCCCCGGUGCCAGUGUCCCACCACCAAGCUCCCUUCCAGUCGCAGACCCAUCUGGAUGUGGAUUCGUACCAACACUCCGCCUGCUCUCUGCAGUCACUGGGUAAUAAUAGUGGCCACCAGCAGCAGCAGCUAGCAAAGGCCAAGGAGCUGAAUGGCAGCUGCAUGCGGCCCAGUCUGCCACCCGAGCACCUCCCUGCCUCCCAGGUGUCCCCCCCACUGCCCCCCAAACCCAGCAAUGGUAAUGCCGCCGCUCAGCAACCGGGGGGCAGUGCUGGGUCUUCUACAGUCGCCAAAUCAGGCCCUAAUAAGUCCUCAAAUUCCUCCUCCUCCACAUCUUCCUCCACAUCAUCCAGCUCCUCUUCACUGCCGCCCAACCCGGCGCUGGCCAAGCAGAUCUUCCCCUGGAUGAAAGAGUGUCGCCAAACCACCAAGCAGAAAAACUGUUCGCCCAGCAACAACUCCAGCAACGCAACAGGGGGCGCUGAGAGCGGCAGCAGUGGGGAGAAGAGUCCGAGUGGAGGUUUGUCGGCGUCGUCCAAGCGCGCUCGUACGGCGUACACCAGCGCUCAGCUGGUGGAGCUGGAGAAGGAGUUCCACUUCAACAGGUACCUUUGCCGGCCGCGGCGCGUGGAAAUGGCCAACCUGCUGAAUCUGUCCGAACGCCAGAUUAAGAUCUGGUUCCAGAACCGAAGAAUGAAGUACAAAAAAGACCAGAAGUCCAAGGGCUUGAGCUCCAGCUCUGGAGGACCGUCCCCCACAGGUUCCCCUCCUCUGACCAUGCAGUCCUCUGCCAGCUUCCUGAACUCAAUGCAUCCAAUGGGAGGAGGAGGAGGGGGCCCUACCUAUGAGACCCCUUCUCCACCUUCAUUUGGAAAGCUCCACCAGGGGGUGUCUUAUUCUAUGUCCACUGCCUAUUCUAAUGUUCCAAUGAAGGGCUGCCCUCCUCAGAAAUACGGUGCCGCUGAUCCAGACUACGGUGACCCCCACCACAGCCUAGUGCAGACCAACGCUGCCGGCUAUGGGACACCAACUAACAUGCAGGCCAGUCCGGUCUACGUUGGGGGCGGCAGCUAUGUGGAGCCCGGGCCCUCCAUGUAUGGCCUAAACCACCUCGGCCCUACGCCGCCUCACCACCAAACCAUAGACUACAACGGCGCGGGGCCGAUGUCAACUACCAACCAGCACCUCGUGGGUGGAGGGGGCCCCCAGGGUCCCUGUGAGCCACCCACACAUCCUACUUACACCGAGCUGUCAGCACACCACACCUCGACUCAGGGCAGAAUCCAGGAAGCACCCAAGCUCACUCACCUGUAGCAGGUUUAGAGCAAAACGAAAAUGUAGAAAUGAGAGAAUAUAGCAGAAAAAAAACAAACAUAACAUGACCUGAUUCACUGAGAGAUGAACCAAA